ACAAAGCUGCAUUAUUGUGAAAUGGCCAGUGCUACACAAGUAUCGCCGCUGGUCACCGGAUUAGAGGUGGAGACACAGUGGUUUCCGCCGGAGGUUAAGCCUCCGGGAUCGGCAAAGACUUUCUUCCUCGCCGGUGCAGGUUGGAGAGGGAUGGAAGUCGAUGGAAAAUUCGUGAAGUUCACAACGACCGGAGUGUACUUGAAGGAUGAAGCCGUGUCGUGGCUCGCCGCUAAAUGGAAAGGAAAGACUGCGGAGGAGCUGCUGGAAUCCGACGAAUUCUUCCAGGACAUAGUCACAGGCCCGUUUGAGAAAUUCUAUCGCUUGACUCAUAUAAGACGGUUGGAGGGGGAAGAGUUCUCGGGGAAGGUAGGGGGACACUUGGCCGGCAUGAUCAAAUCCGCCGGCGCUUAUGGCGAGGCGGAAGCGAAAGCCGUUGACAAGUUUAUUGUGCUCUACAAAGACAAAGAGUUCCUCUCAGUUGGAUUCUCCAAUCUUUACCAUCAGUCACCAACCGGAUCACUUACGGUAACCUUCUCCGACGAUGGAUCUUAUAUACCAGAAGAACGUGGAGUUGUGAUAGAGAACAAGCCCCUUUCGGAGGUAAUGCUGUACUCUAUUAUUGGGAAGAACGGUGUUUCUCCUACGUUGAAACGAAGCCUGGCUGAAAGGCUCUCUCAACUUAUGAAACAAAAAGAGCACUUAUACUAAUUAUACAAUUACGACCGCAUACGUACGGGAUCUAAUUUGAAGCUGAUGAUCAGAAGUGCAGUAAGUGAUUUGAUGAAGUGAUGGAAACAUGAAAGUUUGUGGGGAAAAAUAAAUAAAUUAAUAAAU